AUGGGCAUUGAUCAUGUCAGGAUUCAUCCGAAAUUCUUGCAUUCAAAUGCAACUAGCCAUAAGUGGGCUUUGGGAGCUUUUGCUGAGCUUCUAGACAACGCCUUAGAUGAGACUUGCAAUGGAGCAACCUAUGUCCAUGUAGAUGUGCUCAAUAAUAGGAAGGACAAUUGUAAAAUGUUGUCAAUUGAAGAUAAUGGAGGUGGCAUGAAUCCUGAUAAGUUGCGGAAGUGCAUGUCUUUAGGGUUUUCUAUGAAAAGCAAAAUUCCCAACACUAUUGGGCAAUAUGGUAAUGGUUUCAAGACUAGUACUAUGAGGCUUGGGGCAGAUGUCAUUGUGUUCUCGCGUUGUCGGGGGACAGAUGGACGAAGCACAACACAAAGUAUUGGAUUACUAUCCUAUACAUUCUUGAUGGAAACCGGAAAGGAAGAUACUGUGGUUCCCAUGAUUGAUUAUGAGAAACAAGGUGAGGCCUGGAACAAGAUGUUUAACUCCUUGAAAGAUCAAGGAACACGCAUUAUAAUAUACAAUUUGUGGGAAGAUGACCAAGGAGCACCAGAGCUUGAUUUUGACACGGAUCAACAUGAUAUUCAAAUUAGGGGUGUCAGGCGAGAUGAGGAAAAGAUAGAGAUGGCAAAAAGUUAUCUGAACUCAAGGCAUUUUCUAACUUAUCAGCAUUCCUUGAGGAACUAUGCCUCAAUUUUGUACCUAAGGAUUCCACCUGGUUUCCAAAUGAUUCUACGGGGAAAAGAAGUUGAGCAUCAUAAUAUAGUUAAUGAUAUGAUGCAAUCUAAGGAGAUUACAUAUAGGCCUACGCCAGACGCAGGGUCGAAGGAUCCAAAAAGUAUGGUAGCAGUCGGGACUAUUGGCUUUGUUAAAGAUGCUAGACAUCAUACUGAUGUUCAAGGGUUCAAUAUUUACCAUAAGAAUCGGCUUAUCAAGCCGUUCUUGAGGGUCUGGAACGCAGCUGGAAGUGAUGGCCGAGGAGUGAUAGGUGUAUUGGAAGCUAAUUUUGUCGAACCAGCACAUGAUAAACAGGGGUUUGAGCACACAGCUGUUCUAUCAAGACUUGAGGCUAGGCUCAAUUUCAUACAGAAAAACUAUUGGUCCUCAAACUGCCAUUUAGUUGGCUAUGCUCCACGCCGACAACCAAAGAAGUCUGUUUCUCCCAUGAAAGAAGAUCCUGCUACACGCAAAUCAUGUUCCAGGUCUAAACCAAAGGCACAACCAAAGGAGCGUAUCUCUUAUGAUGGUGCCUCAGUGCUGCAAACAACUAAUAAUACAGAUUAUAGAUCGCCUGCUGAUGCCACUGAAAAUGUUGGAGCAACUCUGUCUAAGACACAUGCUAGAAAUCAUAGUUAUAUAUUUUCGAUUAAUGGAAGCUCUCAGGUAGAACCUGUAUCAAACCAAAUCACUCAAAACUUAAUUGUGAAGACUGAAGUGGUUAGCAGAGAUGCACACGAGGCUUAUCCUUGCACAACAGAGAUGCUACUUAGUUUGACAGAAGAGAAUAAUUCUUUGCGAGAGAGUUUAGAGGAAGUCGUGCAGAAUUUGGCGUUUGAAAGGGACAGGAAUAUAUCACAUCAAAAUCUACUUCAAGUUACACAGCAAAAAUUGGAAAAGUACGAAGUUUUUGUUAGUGAAGAGAGAAGAAAGCGAGAUGAGGAGGAAGUGCGUUUGAGGAAGCGAAUAAAGGAAGCUUCUAAAACCAUUGAAGGGUUGCUCCAUAAAAUCAAGAUGCUGGAGAACAUAGGCAAAACUGAAAUAUGA